GUCAUAUCUAUGGUCGAGAGACGUGCAGAUCAGCUUGACUAUGUUUUGGUCGACACGUCCGGCCAAAUCGAGAUUUUCACUUGGUCUGCAUCUGGGGAAAUUAUUUCCGAGGCUUUUGCAUCAACAUUUCCCGCUGUAAUUGCUUAUGUUGUUGAUACACCACGUUCAGCAAAUCCAGCUACCUUCAUGAACAACAUGUUUUAUGCUUGUAGCAUCCUUUACAAGACUCGGCUGCCACUAGUGUUAGUAUUCAACAAGACGGAUGUAGCGCAACAUGACUUUGCCCUGGAGGUUUGGUUAUAUUUCUUUUAUGUAUUUCGUGUGGCAUUGGGUUCUGAUCAUUCCUACAGAUCAACUCUGACACGUAGCCUCUCGUUGGCUUGGGAGGAAUUCUAUAUGAAUGUUAGAUCUGUCGGAGUUUCUGCAAUCACUGGGGCUGGAAUGGAUGUCUCUUCAAGGCCAUUGAAGCCAGUGGAUGAGUACAUGGGAACUUACAAGGCUGAUCUUGACAAGAGACGGGCAGAGAAGCAACGGCUGGGAGAAGAAAGGCGAAAGGAAAGCAUGGAGAAGCUGAGGAGAGAUUUGGACAAGUCCCGUGGAGAGACUGGUGUUGAGCACCGGUACGAAAAGAUGCACUCGGAGGUUAGAGCUUGGGAAAAUGAGAAGGAACUGAGGGAGAAACAUGAAAUGGAGAGGAAAAAGAACAAGAUAGCCAGGAUUGAUCAUAUAGCACGUGGCGCAAAGGCACAACUUGAGGAGAAACGAAAACAUGAAGAGGAGCUUAAUGGGAAAAGGAUCGUGUACCUGGACAACGCUGCCACGUCGCAGAAGCCUGAAGCUGUGCUGAAUGCUCUGCGGAGCUAUGACGAAGCUUAA